UGACUUGCUGAACACGACAUGAAUAUGACAAGCUAGCAUCUCUUUCGAUUUCAAAACUUUCAGUAUAUAAGAAAACAAUUUUGAAAUACUCAAAGGAUUGUUAUUUAUUUCUUAAAUAUUUUAUCAGAUGAUAAACGAAAAAAUUAUUUCUUUAAUACUACAAUAAAAGGCAUUCUUGGAAUCAUUAAAAUUAAAAAUAGUGAAAGUUGUCUUUUGUAUCAAAUCACAUAUAAGGAUCACUAUGAAUAUCCCACCAAUUCAACAACCAGGAACAAUUGGAGUAGGUCAAAUGACACAGCCUGUGAAUCCUCAACUUCCUCAAAAUCCACAACAAACACAACAACCACAAGUUCAGCAGCAGCAACAACAACAACAACAACAACAACAGCAGACUCAAGAAAAACUUGACAAUAUUUCUAAAGUUAAAUCAUUAAUUGGACCAUUAAGAGAUUCAUUAGCCAUAGCACUUAAAACUGCAGCUCAUACAUUACAUCAAAAUAGUCUGGUAGAUGUUGGAUCUCUAAAAGGUGGAGUGGAUCAACCUGAUCAUCGAUUUAAUAAAAAUAUGGAAGAAUUUUAUUCCAUUUGUGAUCAAAUAGAACUACAUUUAAAAACUUCUAUAGAGUGUUUAUCACAAAAUUCUAGUUCUGUGAGGUAUCUACCAGUAUCGGUUAUACCAACACGUACAGAUACCGUUGGAACUCAAGAGGGACCUGCUUUGACAUAUCCCCAAUUUUUGAUGACUGUAAGAGCACAGGUUGCAUAUGUUCGUGAGGUUCAUGAUACUUUAGUUUCUGCUGCACAAUCAAUAGCAUCAGAUACAGAAUGAUACAAGCACAACAAAACAAAUCAGUAAUCAAAUCAAAUAAAUCAUUUAAUCUGAAUCGAGCAUUAAUGCG